AUGGCAGCACUUUUCACGCCACUUAAACCUGUCGUGUUUCAAGGCAACAAUAGAAUAGACCAUAAUCUAGGUUUGGAACUAUCAAGUUCUGUGGAAUCUGUCAUUGAUUAUGUUGACAUUAAAGCCAAAUUAAGUCAGCCAUGUUGUGUGUUGAUUUAUGGUGAGCCUGGCUGUGGAAGAACAACACUUUUGCUUGAGAUUGCUAGUGCAUUUCUUGCAAAUGGACUCAGAAACUCGGAGAUUCUUGGCGUAAGAGUAAGGCCAGGAUGCAGUGUGGAGUCCCUGUGGAAUUAUCUGAGCGAGAUUUCAAAGGACAAACAGGACAAAGAUACUGCUUCGUUACUCUCACAGUCAACUGCAAAGUUAAACAAGAAGUAUAGUACAGCACAAAGCUUUCUGUCCUCAAAUUUCAAGCUUGUCUUAAUCGAUGAUGUAUAUUCAGAUGGUGGGAUUGUGUGGUCACAUCUUUCACAGAUGUUACUAAAAGUGACUGCUGCUGCCAUUGUGGUUUGUACUAAGAAAGAUGCCCCCUCCGUUCAAUCAACACUGACGGAGCAGGCAGUUUUGUCCGUGGAAUUAAAAGGUCUUUGCAUGGAUUCUUUUAAGAAGUAUCUUGAUAGUAAGAUUCUGAACUCAAGACUGAGUGAAGAAAAGCAGUGGAAGAUUUUUUCUAUGUUGAAUGGUAAUCCAACGGCACUAAAGAUUUUAGUUAACACUGUGAAUGAAUAUAAACUUCCAUCUGAAAGUCUUGAAUGCAUUAUCCCUUCCUGGUCAGAAGAUAUGAAGACUGAGAAAGAAAAUGACAGCUGCUCUACGCUGCUCCAGUUUACAUUUUCACACCUGGAUGCUAGAGAGAAACAAGUAUUUGAUCAACUAUGCCAGUUACGAGAGCCUCUUCCUGCAGUUAAAUUCCCAGAAGAAGUGGAAAAACUCAUAAGACUUGGGUUGGUGAAUAAAUCGACCUUUGGUCCAACAGAUGAUGCAGUUGAAGUCAUCCAUUCUGUUUCAGUGGCAUCUUGUCUUCAGCAUAGUUUAUCACCUGCUGCUGACAGUGAUGUUCAAGUUCCUUUUAGUGCCUUUGAUGCGUGGCAUUCACUUCUUUCUGAAAAACUUUGUCAACUCAUAACUGAUGCUAAGGGAAAUGCCUGGCCAUUUGUCCCUGAAAAGUGGUAAGUCAUCAUGCAAUAAUUAGAAAGUGAAUAAUUUAUUCUUUUUACUAUUUGCUUCUAGGUGUCUAAUGAAUUUUUGUUGAGAAAUAUGUGAUAUGAGAUCUUUCACUGAUGAGAGGACAAUGAUAGUUGUUGUCUUGUUAUUGUACCUGCACUCAGGCUACUGCUAUGAUUCAGUGCAACUAUGAGUUUACUGUAAGGAUCCCCAUUCCAUGAUAUGUGUGGUAGCAGAGGUGGACAUACACCACAUCAGUGGGGGCUGAUUUAAUUUCACCUCCUGUUCUUAAAGAGCAGUGUGGGUUCUUCAGUGUUUUGAGUCUGUUUACAUUUUUUUGUGAUAGAGAGAUGAAGGAAAUUAGGCCAAUGGUUUGGUAUCACUGCCUAAAUUAUAAGAUCUAAAUUGUAGCAGCAUAACCAUUAGAACCUGGUAUUAAAGUAGUCUGGCCAGGGUUAAAAUGUUGCUAAAUGUAACUUAGGCUAAAGUUAAACAUGAAGUAAUGCUGUCGAACAGUUUUCCCCCAAGGGUUGGUUUGUGGGAUGGCCAGGGCUUGCAUGAAGGGGCUGACAUGUGUUUACAGCUUGGCUUUAGAUGUCAAGUGUUUCUGCAUUUGUUUCUUGCUACUGGGCAGUUCUCACUGAUUUUACUCUCACUCCUCCCAUGGUAAGUAUGUGGUAAGUAUUUUAGCUUUUCAGUGUGAUGGUGCCUGGUGGUUGCCGCUCCCAGGGUUGUCAUGGAUACCCUACAUGUUCAUGAUCAGCUCAGCUUGUCCUGUGGCUCCGCCUUGAUCAGGCCACAUUCCCCAAACUCAUCUAUUGUUGAUGGGUUUAAAUCUGGGCUUGCUACUCCGCAAUGUUAACUUAAUGCUAAAACAUACCCACUGGCAUAUUGCUUGUAAUGAAUGUGUUGUUUUUCUUUUAUGAAUAGGCAGUAUAUUUCAAACGUUGGAGCCGAAGAGAGGUACAACAUUAAAGAAUUGAUAACUGCUAAGAAUGCUGUUGUGCCUCAUCUCACAGAACAGGACAUCCUGGAGGUUGGUAAUGUGCUAUAAAAGAAUUACCGUAUUUAUUCGACUAUAAGCCGAGCGAUUUUUACACGAAUUAAAACUGAAGUGAAUUAAAAUUUGGGCUAUAGAGGGGGUCUCGGCUUAUAGCCGAAAGUUUUUGAAAAAAAAAUUUUUCCGGCGCAUGGAAACUCUACUAAAUCGAGAUGUAUUUACGUAUAAGCCGAGCUAAAGUAAAGAAACACAUUAUGCAAUCGUUGGUUAUUAACUUUUACGAAUGUGGUGGCUCCUAAAGGAGCCGUUUGUUAAAUUUAAUGUGUUUUCACAGAAAAGAUAAAGAUUCUUGAUAGGGAAUAACCGUGACGCUGACGGGAUGUGAUUACAAAUCCAUGCAACUUGACAGUUUGCUGCUUCAAAUAUUCUGGGAGACGAUGAGCGAGUGUUGUUUUAGUGCGAAGGCUGACGGAAUGGCGGCGCUUCCAUUUCUGGUACAAGCCGAGGGACGCUUUAAACUCAGGAUCCUCGCUGAAUUCCUUUGCCUUUAGACGUAGCACCAAUCCACUAACAGCUAUUCCUAUGCAAAACGAGUGAGAAAGUUACCAAACGAUCGAAAGGUUACAAAUUUGACACUUCUUGAAUUUGUUUUGACAUUUGUGAAAACUGGCCAAUGAGAAUCUUUCAUACACAAUGUUGUCACAUGAUACUACGAUAGUUUUGAGUCACACAUUCAACUCAUAUUCACUCUGCAAUCAGCUGAUUGAUUUAUUUCGUGAUCUUGUGUCUGUUGUUUUAACAUACAAAAUCAAUGCUCGACAAAAAACUUACCUUGGCUUCUUGCUCUGUAAACCAUUCCAGUAUUCUUUGAUCGAGCUCCGAAUACUUCGGCGUGAAGCAUCCCAUCGUCUUCCGUUUCGCUGACAAUUUGAUCUCGCCGGUUCGCUUAGUCUUUCCUCCAGCGACGGACCACGGACUCACUGAUGCCAUAUUCUCUGGCGAUUUCAGAGUUAUUUUCAACAGCUUCUGCUUCGGCGACUAUUUUAAGUUUAAACGCGACGUUGUAUGACGUGCAAUGAGCCUUGGGCAUGAUGACAACUUGACUUGAAAUAAACGAUUGCGAACACGAGAUUCUUUGAUAGACGCUACGGAUGUCUAGGUACUGGUGAUGCCGCUUAACAACAGUUAGUUUUAAAUUCAUUUUUUGGAUCACAUUUAUUCAUCUGAGUUAUGAUUCGUUGCUUUUCAAUUGAAUAGUUAGUUACGGGUAAUAUUUAUUAAUUCGUAAGAGGGAAGCUUUUUGCAUAGUAAAUCACCAUUGCAUCUCUUGUUUACGCGCGUGUGUGUUAUCGUCUAAGCCUCAUUUAUGACAAUCAAGGUGAUUUUAGGUUUUCCCGUAGUUAACAAUUCAGUCUUGUAAUAAUGAAUGGGUCUCGGCUUAUAGCCGGGUGUUUUCGAUUUGUUUUAGAUUCUCGUUAUGCCGAGUCUAAACGUUCAAAGUUUGGGGUCUCGGCUUAUAGCCGAGAUCGGCUUAUAGUCGAAUAAAUACGGUAGAUUGUUGUUAUUAUUACCUGACAUUUACACACUGAUUGGCAGGGGGAGGGGGCAAUGUUGAAGCCUCAGAUAAUGACAUCCAGGUAUACCUGCCAGAUAGACCACCGUCACAUAUUAUUAUUAUUAUUAUUAUUAUUAUUAUUAUUUCUUCCUCAUUGUGCACUGGCUGAUCUCAUACCAAUUUAUUUGCUAAGGGAGCAAGUCAUAACCCAUAACGAAAGGCCCCUUGCAGUUCACCUCCUUACUCUUAUUAUAUAAUAUAAUAUUAUUAUAUUAUUAUAUUGUUAUUGUUAUUCAAAUACUUUUUUUAGAUGAAAUGAAUUUUUUUCUAGUCAAAACUAAGUGUAUUUCUUAAACAAAAGGAAUUGUAAAUAGUGUCUUGAUGGAAUAGUUUUUUUUAAGUGAAUUUAAUUGUCAAUAGGAUUUUAAUAGUUAGUAUUGUUAUCAAUAAAAUAUGUUCAUUAUUAUUAUGAUUAUGAUUAUUGUUCUCAUCAUUAUCAUUAUCAUUAUGGAAGGGUCAAGCAGGACUUCCCUAGACUCAACAGCUAUAGAUACUUUAUUAUUGGGAUGUACAUAGAAAUUUUCUUUUUUUAGUUUAUAGACAGUUGUUUACAUUUGCUCUGUUGAAAACCACCGGACCACCAAGAAGUCUUUUUUAACUAUAGUUAUACCAAAUUUGUAUUUAAUUUUCAAUUUGAGAAGAGUUUAAUAAAGUAUGUUUUUUUGUUGUUAUUAUUAUUAUUAUUAUUAUUAUAAUUAACUAACCUCCACAGCACAUAUUAAAUUACAGUUGACUCUCCGUUAGAUGAGCACAAUAAGAGAGCCGCACUACAAGCAUUAAUUAGUGUCCCAUCAGAACUUGAGCUUGAACUCAGUGAUGUUGCAUGAACCGGUUUUCAUAUAUUUUUUUGUCAUUUCCUUUAACUUUUAAGGAGUGCUUGUUUCAUGCACUGAAACAGAAAAAGUAUAACGUUGUUGCAGCCCUUGUGUUUGUCAUGGACAGAUUUACUUAUUGGCAAGGAAGCUCCCAUACAACUCUACAGCUUGUUGAUUAUCUGAAGGCUAACAGUCCUGACACACCAAUUGCACCUCAACUGCUCAUCAGAAAAGUUAGAAUUAUGAAAAACGCUGGAGAUCUGCAAGGUAAUUAUCAAAUGCACUAACGCAAGAAAUGGAAAAAGUUUCUUUUUCUUGCGCUGCGUUUGCAGUUCACACGUGUGAACCGAGGCAACGCAAACGCAAAUGCAAAAAAGGGAUUUCACAAAAAAAACCGGUUCCAUCGCUUCCAUGCCACCACGGCGUAGGGAAGUUCAAGAACGGACCUCUGGAGCAUGGGUAAUCAAAACCCGACAAGAGAUUUGAUGUCGUAACCUGCAAGUAAGCUCUCCAUUUGAGGGAUUCGCGGGGUUAGUCACACGAGAGUAGCACGCCAAAGGAGAAGCGAUUGCGAGGGGCGCGUUCUCUUGUGGUUGGCUUCGCUAGCAGGCUAUCUUUGUCUUUGAACUAUUAAAUGAGGGUCAGAAGGAUAAGUUAAAUGCAUAAAUCAGAUGCUGGUCAUUGUUUAGGUCUAAGCCUGAUGCCAUGUGCUUGCGUUUGCGUUUGCAUUUGCGUUGAUGUAGUUCACACGUGUAUCUUGCUUUUCCCUUCGCAUUUGCGUCGCACGUGUGACCCAGGCUAAAAUGGGCUUUAAGCAUCAGUAACAAGGAUGAUCAAUAAUUCGUUAUACUUUAGGUGCAGAACAAGCCCUUGAUGAUCUUCUUAUUCAGAAGAGCCAUGUUGGUGAGUGGAUUUACAAGGAUAAGCAUGACCAUCAGCUUGUAAGUGCUGUUUGUAUUCAGAUCAAAGGUGAUAUACAGUACAAUCUCGGACAGUGGGCACAAGGAGCAAAGCUUUUAAUAGAUUCGCUGAUCUUAUUCAGGUAAAGAAAACACUCUUGCUCUUUCAUUAAGGUGACUCGACCCAGUUUUUUUGGGGGGGUACCAUCCUACUUUGAAGCUCUCUGGUAUACCCACCUUUACUUUUAUCGUAAGUCUAACACAUAGAAUGGAUAACAUAUAGAUCAAUCUACAAUAUAACAUAAAAUUUUGGGCGAUUGGAGUAAAUGUCACGUGGUUAUAAUGCCACGCCCCUUUGAGGUCUGAGUCGAAAAUCUGCUGUUGCCGGCAUUUUUCCGUGAAAAUCUCUGGGCUACACAUAGUGUGCAUUAGUGCCUUGCGCUGAACAGAGUUUCACCAAAAUCGCAAAGACCCAAUUCGAGAAAUUCAGCGGUUUCUAAAUUUAGGUCAUAAUUUAUGCGAAAAUGAUAAGCAAACUUUACACGAUUAUAUCUAAUAAACUAUGAAAUUCAUCCCUUUAUUUUGGGCAUCGUUAUAACAGAUGGGUCCUUGCAAGUCAGCAAAACGCUUUAGGGCCUUGUAAAUGCGCGCGAUUUCGAGCAAAGCAAACAUAUAGAAAUUAUAGUUUUCGCUAUUUGUUGACGUCUGUCAGCAUUUAAGAGUCCUUCCCACGAAAAAAGCAUUUUCUUAAAAAUCCGUAGUUUUUUUCCCUUCAAAUUUUUUCGGGGCCACAAUUGAUUAACUAACUACCCGGACUCUGAAUUUCAUGGUCAUUGAAAAACUGUAAACUACCGUAAAUGACCGCUUGUAUAAGCCCCCCCUGUUAUAGGCCCAUCUACCUGUAACCAAACAAGUACAUCUGAUUAUAAGAACCUCAAAUUUUAGCCCCCCCCACCUAUGUAUUGAAAUGAAUUCGAUUUAUUAACACGUUUUGACAAAAGUCAAAACGCACAUUAAUCAGCACUACUAGAGUGUAUUUUGAAGCGCUUUUUCUAUUCUGGUUUAAAGCCCCUCCGUUUAUAAGCCUCCCUAAAACCGCCUUAUGAAGAUGUAUAUAAGCCUGCGGCUUAAAAGCGGCAGUUUACGGUUUUCACCAUUUUCAACGAGACCAUGAGCGCUUACCAUUUGUACGGAAAUUUCGGAGAAAAAUUUCCGUCAAAUGGUACUGGUAUUUUUUUUGGCACCGAAAACAGGAACGAGAUUGAGUUGUACCAUUUACAAAAUACCGGUAAACUUUUCGCUUUCCCUCGACUUAAAGCCUGGCUCUGGUAUUCCAAACAAAUGGUACAGAAAAUUUCGUUCGUUUCGGUAAAAAAGGGAUAAAGGUAAUACCUCGAAAGGUAUUACUUUUUUUCCGGACAAUUUUCACCGGGUUGAACCGUUCCAGUUGAAUUCUCCCCGGAAUUUCCGGGUUUUCCAUACAAAUGGUAAGCACUCCAUAAUUCACCUGGUUGACCCCCAAAAUUUUGCAUAAUCAUUGCCUUGGAUUUGUCUUGGGACGACUGUUAUACCUAGGAGAAAUUGGAAACAAUGGUUAUGUAAAAUUUUGAGAGGUAUACAAGGUGCAUUAUGGGUCUGUGUUCAUUCAUUUUAUUUUUGUUUCCUUUUUAACCAGUACGCUUCCUAUACCUGAUACCAAAGGGAUCUCUUCAAGCCUGUCUAUUCUAGCCAAAUGCCUUCAGCAAAUGACUUUGACUGAGUACUUUCCUUUAGCUCAGAUGUAUGGCCUUUCAGCGUCGCAUCCUCUACUGCAGUCGUACUACUGUUCGCACGAGGCUGCCUUCAGAUCCCAGUAUACACCGUUGUUUUACGCUAGACACAAGGUAAGUGAUUUACACAAAUCUUUAGCUUGUAUUUAUUGGAAGCAAAGAAAGGGCUUACAUAAGAAAAGAGUUUUACUCCCAAAGGAUUUGUUUGGAACACCAACAUGGCCGCCAUAAUGCUCUGGAACACCAACAUGGCCGCCAUGUCGUUAUGUGAAAACCGGCGCUCCAUUUUCCCCAUGAAAUCUCAAGGGAAUUUGCCCCGUUGUCUUUUCAUAAAUUAUUCGCACAUAUGCACAAGGAUAAGACGAAAUUUGAAAAAAAAACAGUUCUCAAGAAUAUUAUCACAUGACUUCAUUGAGAAUACAAAACGUGGAAGCUCAAGAGGUCCAUUCACUUGUGUAAGAGCUCACUGUCUUUCGGUGGAUAAUUUUGAUGGUCACUGGUCAAAAAACUUGGCAAGAGGGCUAAAAAGAACUAAUUAGUUAGAGUUCAAUUAAGCCGUGUCGUGUGUGACCGCUUGUUUCUGAGUUCAUUUACCGUGGAAAGUACCCACGGAAACCUCAAAUAGCUACCCGGUGAAGCAGCCAAUCAGAAGGGCGGCAUGCCCCGUUAACGACGCUCAGCAAGCGCAAGUCCCGCGGGAAACAAACUUGAGCGUGACCGCGUUUACUUUUGUGUAUUUAAAACACUGUGUGAGGUAUAAUGCGAGAUAAAAACCUCGGAAAUUGCUUUUUCCGAUGGGGUGGGUAACCAAGACUAUUAUGGUUAGAAUAAUAAGCAGUUCUUGAUGAAGCGCUCUUUUUGUUUCCGUUAAGGGCCAGGCAGCUGAAGUCAUGUUGCGCUACUCGAAACUGAUUCCAGACAAAGUUCAACGGCAAGCACAUUUAAAUAUCUCCAUUGAAGAUUUUAAAGACAGCAUUCAAGCACACACGGACUUGCAGUCAUUGAAAAGCCGCGAAGAAUUCUUUGUGUUUACAUGUGCAGUGUACAAAUUAGGUCUUGCGUAUCAAGAAAUGUCGACUCAGGACAGCAUUGGACGAGCGCAGCACCUCGACAAAAUCUCCAAAUUGCUGUAUGAACAUUACUGUUCAUUCCCUGGAGUUAUACUUUUAGACAAAAAGAUCACCAGUUUGAUCGCACACUGCCUUGACUUUUUAAAACUGAGCCAUUUUAUUGAUGGAAACGUCAAUCAAACUGAAGGACUGCCGUUUGUACGUGAACAGGUUAAGUCAAGUUGUUUCCUAAUGAAUUCUGUCAAGCCCAACGCAACCAGUGAAGAAGGAGAGACUAAAAAACCCUGGAAAAUACCCGAAACAGACUGCCCAGUAAGCUCAGUAAUAGACGGAGUCAAUAUAGAUAAUGAGGAAUUUAGUUUUGCAAGCCACGAGGAUGUUUUGAAAAAGCGAAGUAUGGGACGAUCAGUGACAGACAAGUUAAGUGAGACAAGGGAACACAUGACCGCUGACAUCAUGUCUGCUUACUCAGGAAAACCACAACCGGAGAAGAAUGCAAGUGAAAAUGGAAUAACUAUCGACCGUGAAUGUGACACCAAGGACAGUAAAUCUGUUGUCAUGGAAACUGUAGAUCGUAGUGUUAUCACUCAGGAUUUAGAGCUCGGGACAGUACCUCUACUGUUUGAUGGAUUCUUGCCUUCUAAAGUGCUAGAUAUUCAACCUCAACUUCAAGCUUUACAGCUAGAUUCAAGCCAGAGAGUUCAAGGUCAGUAAAAAUUUAGUGACAGCAUGAUAUUUUCACUUUCACGGCUUACGAAAACCUUGAACAUAAAAUAUAUCAUCAGUCCAGCUAAAUCUCUUGACAAGUUCUCACCCUGUCUGUGUCAAGUGUCACACAACGUCAAAGACAGUGAAAUGUCUAAAACUGGACUAGAAAAACCGCACCGAGGUGAAUCUAACAAAUUUUUGUAAGGCGGUCCAAAAGCUUUCAUAUUUUAACUACGAUAUGAGUGUUGCAUGCAAGAAUUAUGCAAGAGCAGUUGGUCAGUGAGUAACAAAGUGAAAACAAACCUGUGUUCUGAUGGUUUUAUUGACGAAGCGUAGUUUGUAUGCCCAGACCCCACUCUUGAAUUCACCACUUCUGUGAGAGGCUACAGUUAGAGAGAGCGACAGUUGUGGAAUUGGAUUAGCUAACAAAACCCUCAAACAGUAGAAGAAGUAAUAAUUAGUUUUUGGCUGGCUGGUGUGUCCUUAUCUCCAACUUCCUUUGCCCAUGACACAAUCGACUUCCAUUAAUUCCCGAUUUUCCUUACUUAAUUUGACACUAAUUGCAGGAGAUGGGAGUUAGAAAGUUAAGAACACCUGUAGUUCGGCACAUUUGACACCAGGGGUAUCUGAAAUUUGUGAUUCAGUAUUUGUUUCAGUCUCUUGGGCAUUGUUUGUAUUUUAACAUUUAAACAAAGAAAUACAUAAUCCCAGGGCUGCCCUUUGCCUGCAUGCCAUGGAGUUCGUUACUUAAAGGGCGUUUGUAAAUUUUACGCUUGCAUCCAAGGGGGGUUACUCCCUUACAUAGGCUAUAUCGGUAUGUGCCGCCCCAUCGGGUAGGGUUUUUGCGCCGUUUUGGUCUGAAAACGGGUGUACACUUUGCCCAUUUUGGUCUGGAAUCGGGUAUGGUUUACUUUUUGAGGGAACUACGGGACUGUAUGAACGUCAUGAUCGUUUCAAUUCCAAAUGAGUAAGAAAGAAAGAAAAAUAUGCAAAUUCGAAGUGGAUUUGAAGAAUUUUUUUUGUUUGCACUUUGAUCUAAGUAAUGAUUAGAUAAUUUCUGCCUAAAGGCCAGAUCUGAAAACGGGUAUGGAUUUUAGAGGUCUGGUCUGAAAAGGGGUGUGGAAAAUUGCAUUUUUGGUCUGAAAUCGGCGUUCCGGGUGGCACACCCCCUCCAGAAAUUCCCAGGAGUACUCCCCCCCCGGGAACGCACUAAAAAAUUACGCGACAGUGGAAAUUCACCCUUAGCCUCGUUUUGAAGUAGAUGCCUAGGAAAUAGCCUAUUUUCCUCCAGUUGAACGAGAACCGAAAACAACUUCAUAUUUUGCUAAAUGAGGGUAGCUGCUCUAAGUAUCGCUAAUGUUGCAUAGUCUGCUGUGCUUAAUGCCCAGUAUUCCUUAAUGGAGUUUCUUUACUAAGUUGUUGAUUGUCCAAACUCUCACGUUGGUUUUCCGUGAUUUAAGGUGCCGUUGUGUGGAGAUUCGACUCCACACGUAACGAAUGGAGAGGAGAAAACACUUUGGCUUUCGUAGGAAGUGUACUGGAAUUGGAGGAAGGCAAGGAAGGAGCUCAGAGGAAUGCUUUCAUGGUGGAGUUUAUCAAUCAAGAUGAUCCCUUUGCAAAGUAAGUGCAAAAUAACUGAGUAUGUAAUACCAAUGUCUUUUGAUGUCAGGUCUCAUCCCCGGCUUUAGCACGGAUCGACCGUUAAAGUGGCUAUGUCUAUUGAUAGUGCAUCUCGUACGCGUCCUUGUUCGCUAUGGAACCUGACAAAGUACUCGAGAGUGCUUCGUGUCAAACAAACUCCCAAGCAUCUUAUUAAACCAUAUCAAGCAUCAGGCUAACUGAACAAGGUUUCAAACACUACAAUUGCAAUCCAUUUCAGUCUUCUUCAAGUUUGUUUAUUCGUGUCUCCUUUUGUAUUAACUGUUAUUUAUUCCUUUUUAAUGUUCUAAGAGGUUAUUUUCAUGUUUCCUGACUCAGUUUGGUGACAGAUCCCACCUUUCGAAUUUUGAUAAAUUUCGUUACACAGCUUCUUUAACUGGUAGGACGAAGGUAUUUACCUGUAAGAAAAUCGUUACGAUGUAGUUUCGGGCGUUUUCUCGGAGCACGGACGGGGUGGGGGUACCUCGUGGAUGGGUCAACAACUCUACUGUUUCAGCUUGAUCGCAGCUUCAAUUCUCCCCAGUCCUCCUUUGCCUUUAAUCUUAAUUCGGAGUUAUUGCCGUCGUGGUUAAGAUACCACGGAGUUAAAGAUGUCACAACGGCGGCGGCAGCUACUUUGUCAAAUGUAGACGAACACUCCUGAAACCGAAUUCUUAAGAAAAAAAACAGUUCAAAGAGAGAACGAGAAAUUCGUCGUAAUUUGUUUAUGCUUUUUCCCAAUGAAGGUCUCACGGGAAUUUUCUUUUCAUAAAUUAUGCGCGCGUGUGCACUGGAAUAAGACGAAGUUUGAACGAAGCAGCUCGUUAACGCAUUAUCACAUGAUCUACAUUGAGAAAACAAAACAUACAAGCUUGAAGAGCCUAUUUCACGUCUUAGGCUAUAUUCAGAAGCCAUGAAAACAUCCGGUAAGGCAUGAACAGCAACGGCCCGGAGCAGCACAAAACGUUUACACACAUCGAACAUCGUGCCAGCGCGGUUGGCCGAGAAUGUUUGGUGCACGUCACUUAAUUUCCGCCCUCACUCUUGAAUUGGUGGUUUUCACUGUCACGCCAUUAAAAAUAUAAAUGGAAACCUUUUAAGUCUAGAAUCUGGGAAAUGAAAGAAGAUAACUAUGCAAAAAGCCUUGCCAAGAAUCAGGUCUGUAAUAUAUUUCAUAUGCGAGAUAUUCAGAAAAACGUUUUACCCAGAUUCAUAAAGCUUUGUACGAAGACGCCAUGUUUGUUGUGGCACAAAUAUGGCCGCCGAAAACAACAGAAACAUCGGUUUUUGAGUUUCCUACUAAUGCGUGAAUUCUUCGCCUGAGGAACUCAUUAAGAUUAAAGUAAUAUUUAUUCGGAGACAAGGAACGUUUAGAUGGCAAAAUUUCCCAAGAUCGGUAAUAUUUUCAACCCAAAGAGCUUUCCUGGCCUUCAGCUAAAUGCCACGUCACGCAAAAGCCUGGAAAUUUAAGCGUCCUGUAUCGCAAAAAGAAGAAUCCUUUUGGAGCGAAAAUUUGUUUGUAUAAAGGUUUUAAGGUGCUGUUCUACCACAUCAAAGUAGAAACUCAGAAGAAGCGAUAGGUCUUAGUUUGAAUUUUGGUGACGUCAUGUUCUCAGAGGGUUCCAGUCCUCGCUCCUACUUAUUUACUUCCGCGACGGGCCGAAUAAGUGUUGGUGUUCAAACUGCACCAAAGUAUGGCACAAAACCUAUCAAAUAUGUCAGGCCUUUUUUUUUUCAAACAUUGUAGCGUUUAUUCACGAGACGCGUUUGCAUAUCUCAACCCCACAGCGAUAACUCGUGAAAUGCCCUUCGGACAAAAAGGAUAAUAUACAUUGGCGUUCUAAGCACGUAAAGUACAACUAAAUACUUAACGCACUAUACACUACGGUUAGUCAUAAUCUUCUGCGUAUUCGGGAAGUGUAGGACGGCCAAAUCUAUAUCAUUAUAACAUUAAUUGCUUAUCUUGUAGGUACGUAGCCAAAUGUUAUAAGAAGACCAAGAAUAUACAGCAGUAUCAACAAGACGUGAUAUGUCAGAUGACAGCUCGUUACUAUGCAACGCUUUUCAAUCAACAGCUCUACCAGGCGGGUAAGCAUCAGUUUCUUUCGUAAAAAUCCAGCAAUGAUUUCUGUAAGUUAAGAUAAAAUUUCUUGUUUACCCAAUCGAAUGCCGUUGGUGUUGGUAUCUCUGUGAGCGGAGGGAGGAGGAAAAACGUUUGCCUCCACAUGUAAGUAGUAUAGGGCGCACCGAAUCUUAUCAUCUUGCGGGGAAUUACAUUAACGUAAUAGCCUUUUGUCUUUAUCUCAUGAAUAAAAUGUAGUGGAAUCUCAUUAUAGAUGUUAGGCAUCACGUUUACGUCAAACGGCAAACGCGAAGUUGUAACACGUGACCAAGUUUCCCCUUUACUUGUCGUUUAGUUUUCAUUAUUUCUAAACAUAAGUUAGUAGUUUCACGCCAUUUUUUAUCCAUAAGAAUCGUUUUCAGCUGUUUUUGUUUGCUCUUUUUCUAUUUUGAGAAAUUCUCCGCUUGAAUCUGACGUUUGCCGUUUGCUGUAUACGUGAAGCUUAAACUCUCUAAUAACAUAAGGUCAUGUGCUAUUUUUGAAUGGUUUAACCGGUUUGACAGGUUUUCUAGUUAUUUUAAGAUCGAUGAAGGUUUAAGAAAAGUAUUUAUUUGUUGAUUCAUAUUGUCGAAAGAAUAAGCUCUUACUCGCCUGUUCUAUUUCCUGCCGCUUUCAUUGUCCAACAAUUUGUUCCAGUUCCGAUUCACUGAUUCUUUGUUCGCAGAUCGUGCAUAUUUAAUGAGGACGAAGUCAAACUAUCUCUUUCUACCACGAAAAACAAUUUCGCGCUUUCCCUCUUUCUCCACCUCCACCACCACUACCACCACAUUUCUAAACUAAAAGCGCCAAUGAAAAUGCAAACUAAGAAGAAUCUCAACUGCGUAUAAAGUUGUGCGAAAUACCAAUCUCUAAAUUUUCACUUUCUAAAAUCUUUGUAUUGUAGAAUUAAACGUCGGUCACAUCCAGUUCCUACCUGUAGUCUUGCUGCAGUUGAUUAACGAGGAUGGUUCUUUAAGCGGUGUGUACAAUGUCGAACCGUACAUGGCAGGAGAGUUUGUCAAACUCACCAACAAUUUAAACUUUGUAAGAAGAGUAGGCCCAGUGUCUGACCUCGUCCUGGCAUUUGGUCAUUUCUCCUACCAGGCUUCCAACGAGCUGUUGGUUAUCGUAGACAUUCAAGGUUGGACGCCAUCAGCAGAGAAUCAAUCUCGUUGCACAUUCCUCACUGAUCCGCAGAUCCAUUCUGUGGUUUACAAAUGCUUCGGUACAGGCAAUUUGCGUCAAAAUGGUUUUGACGGGUUUUGGCGUCAUAUGCACCCAGAAUGUAACGAAAUCUGUAAAAAGCUACAGUUGGUCAGGCCAAACGCUAAAUAGUGAUAUUGAACUUUAGAGUCCAUAUCUCCCCAUUUUUUGAUAAUUUUUAUACCAGUC